AUGGCCAAAAAUCCUCUUCCAUCACCAAUAAACCACUUAGGUGAAGAAGAAUACAUAGACAUUGAAGUAAACUCUGCCUCUCAAAACAGAGAAUUUGAGUUUCAAAUGGCUUCAAUUACCAAUUAUAACACAACUUCCCCUGCUGAUGAACUCUUUUAUAGAGGCAGACUCCUUCCUCUUCACCAAAAAAUCCUUCAAACACAACUCUUUGAAGAUUUAGAAGAUAGCUUUUGCGUGGAGGUUUCUACAGAAAGACCCCUUGGUUCUGGCAAACGGAUCAACCUACUCACGAGCUCCGCCAUCAAUUUCACUAUUAGUUCACCAUCACAAUCUUUUGAACUUAGUCCAAAUGAUCAUAAAAUAAGUCCUAAGAAAGUGUGGAUUAAGUUCAUUAAACAUUCUUUAAUUACUCAAAAGCUCAAAUCUUUGUUUAGUAAAUCUUCUUGUAGAAAUGGGAAUUGUUGUUCUAGUAAAGACAUGAAUGUUUCCAAGAAAAUAAUCCCAUUGAAAAAUACUAAUAACAUUGGAAGUGUGUCUUCAAGGUCAUUCAAGUGGCAACAAAAAUCAAGAAAUGGAAGUUCUUCAAGGUCAUUCUCUUCAACUAAUUUUUCUUCAAGGUCAUCAUUUGAUUGUUCCUUUAACUCCAAUUAUGAGUUGAAUUUCUCCAAGAGAAGUAGUUUUACUUCAGAGAGUGAAGGUUCAAUUGAGGAUGCUGUUGCUCAUUGUAAAAAGUCUCAUACUGGUUGA